AUGGAGUCUACAAUCUCUCAGAGCAGGGGACAAUAUCUUCAUGGCCCUAAGGACCUUCGGCUUGAAGCUCGAGAAUUAGGUGUUUUAUCCUCAGAUAACGUGCGCAUUCAGAUACGAUCCACGACUCUUUGCGGAUCAGACGUCCAUUACUUCAAAUACAGUCAAAAUGGGUCCAUCAAGAUCAAAGAGCCCCUGUGUGGUGGCCAUGAGGCAGCAGGUGUCAUUGCUGCCGCUGGUCAAUCCAUCCUUGAAGGUGGAGAUCUACAGAUAGGUGACGUUGUUGCCAUAGAAAGUGGAGUACCUUGUGAAGAUUGUGACAAGUGCAAGAACGGGCGCUACAACGUUUGUCCAAAGUUACGUUUUCGAAGCAGUGGUGCUUCCUUUCCACAUUUUCAGGGAACACUUCAAGAGUUCGUUGAUCAUCCUGCGCGUUGGUGUCAUAAGCUUCCUAGUGUACUCUCAUGCGAUGAUGGGGCUCUUCUUGAGCCUCUUGCCGUUAGUAUCCAUGCGACUCGAAAGGCUACUCUUCAGCACAGAUCGUCGUGCUUAGUUCUCGGAGCUGGAGCUGUGGGGUUGAUGUGCGCCGCUGUAACAAAGAUUGAGCACCAAUGUAGAGUUGUUAUUGCCGACAUCGAUUCUGGUCGGGUACAGUUCGCUCUUGAUGAGGGCUUCGCUGAUGCUGGUUUCAUUGUUACUCCAAGGAGCUCCCUGUCUACAGAGAAGUUCAGUCAGGCCAAAGAUAUGGCUUCAGAGAUUAGCAGGGCCAAGUGGCCCGAUGAAACAUUAGUCGAUCGCCCUGACGUUGUCUUCGAAUGUACCGGCGUCGAGACCUGUGCACAGGCAUCCAUCUACACCGUCGACGGCGGGGGCAAGGUCAUUCUGGUCGGUAUGGGCUCGCCUGUUCCGUCCUGGCCCAUUUCAGAGAUUACCGGAAGAGAAAUUGAUGUUGUCUCCGUUUGGCGCUAUGCAAAUUGUUAUCCACGGGCGAUUGAAAUUAUGGAGGCAGUAGCACGGCAUGAAAUUGGACCAGACGUCAGGAAGAUUAUCACGCACCGGUUUUGUGGUCUUGAGUCAAUCCCCAAUGCAUAUGACAUGGCGAGUAAGACACGAGACGAAAGUUCGAAGUUAGUCAUUAAGGCCGUAGUCAAUCUCUAG